UUCUAGUCUAUGCGAUCUAACGGCACAUUUCCCUUUCCAGCCAGCUUGAUACAUAAUGCCAGGACAGCAGAGCUUUCUAUCGCCUACGAAGCGCCUUACGCACUCGUCGGCAGAUGGGGAUGACAGCUGUCUCCUAGCAGAGCAAUAUUCCUACUUCGACUCACCCAGGUGGAUAACGGAGCCCUAUAACAGAUCUUCCAAUCUAGGCAACUGGGCGUUGCUCUAACCGCCGAUGCAAUUGUCUCAUCCAAUCUUCAACCAGCUUGCGCACGUUAUCCUUGUUUCCGGGUUGAAACCAGAUCUCUUGGAUGUCUUCAGUGUCCUUAUGCCUGAUAACCCGGUUGAAUUCCUCACCAUCCCGCAGCGUAUUCUGAACAAUGUGCCUAUCUUCUCCAACCCAAAUAUUCACACAAUCCUUCUGCAACAAAGCCUGACGUUGAGGUAUCUCUUUAAAAAUACUGCCCCCGAAGAAGGCCUGAUAACAUGCAUAUCCGGACUUUUGGGUGCGUCUUUGAAACCCAAAACGAGUUCUCCAGCCCUAGAUUUAAUAUCAUCCGCACCAUCAAUCAGAUCUGCGCAGAAUGUUCUGCCGCGUUUUAGUGUAACGCUCGGCAAGUCUUCAUCAAAAGAGACAACUUCGUGGUCCAUACUGAUUUCUACACCCUUUUUUCUCACUCGGCUGAUAAACGCAACAUGAUAUUACCCUCUAUGGCCUAUAUAUCCAGCCAUAUCCUUUCAUCAUUAUCAGCGCGAUGUCAAAAACACUCCCCUUUCUACUUAGGGCCGGAACUAACCAUCACCCCACCGACGUAUAUUCAUAUCGGGACUCUUAUUGCCAAUAGCAAUCUCGCCGAGACCAAUAGGGACGCCAAACCGGAGGAACACCCGGACUUCCUCAAAAAUGACAACCUCGAAGCCG